UGGUAACAUUCACUGCAUUGCUGAGAGUGACAUAUUACCAUUUCAACUUUAACAAUUCUAGAAUAACAUUGUAUUAACGACAGCUAAAAUGGUUGAUCGCGAGCAACUGGUGCAGAAAGCCAGGCUGGCCGAACAGGCUGAAAGAUAUGAUGAUAUGGCAGCAGCCAUGAAAUCGGUGACAGAGUUGAACGAGGCCUUGUCCAAUGAGGAGAGGAACCUGCUCUCUGUGGCCUAUAAGAAUGUGGUAGGGGCGCGGCGCUCAUCCUGGCGUGUCAUCUCCAGCAUCGAGCAGAAGACCUCGGCAGACGGCAACGAGAAAAAGAUCGAGAUGGUGCGUGCGUACCGCGAGAAGAUCGAGAAGGAGCUGGAGACCGUGUGCCAGGACGUGCUGAACCUCCUGGACAACUUCCUGAUCAAGAACUGCAACGAGACGCAGCACGAGAGCAAGGUGUUUUACCUGAAGAUGAAGGGCGACUACUACCGCUACCUGGCUGAGGUGGCCACGGGCGAGAAGAGGGCCGGCGUAGUGGAGUCCUCUGAGAAGUCCUACAGCGAGGCCCAUGAGAUCAGCAAGGAGCACAUGCAGCCCACCCACCCUAUCCGCCUGGGUCUGGCCCUCAACUACUCCGUGUUCUACUACGAGAUCCAGAAUGCACCUGAGCAGGCCUGCCACUUGGCCAAGACCGCCUUUGAUGACGCCAUCGCUGAGCUGGACACCCUGAACGAAGACUCCUACAAAGACUCUACCCUCAUCAUGCAGCUGCUACGAGACAACUUGACACUCUGGACCAGCGACCAGCAGGAUGACGAGGGUGGUGAGACCAACAACUAGAGAGUCCCUAAAGAGACUCCCGUGUCCUGUUUCAGCCAAUACACACAACACCCCGCUCCUUCACAAAUCACAACAAAAUAUGAAACCAGUUAGAAAUAAAUGAUUUGGCUGGUGGAACUUUGGCAGCCACUUUUGCCGUUGAUGAUACUACCGCAGCUGCAGUUCUUCAUUUUUACACAAAUUUAAAAAGUUAAGAAAAAUUGAAAGAGAAGUAGGAGGGGAGAUGAUUUUAGUUUUUAGUAUAAUUUAAAAAAUAAAUUGUGGAACCCCUUACUUCUUGAUUACCUCUGCGACAUUUGCCAAACCACUUAAGAGGAAGAAGUUCUGUAUCUCAAACAGUCAGUCAGGAAGUAGAGUCUGGCUAUUGGGUUAGAAAUGACACCCUCACACUGGCAUAAAGACUGUUCUUAUGGCACUAAAUGAAAUGGAGCUUCUUAUUUAACUGAUGUGGUGAGGGAGGAAGAGCAUUCAAAAUCUUAAGGGGAGAUAGAAGCUUGUGCAAAAAAAUAAAAAAAAACUUGAAUGUCAUCGCCUCGCAAAAAGAAAGAUUUGCAACUAGGUUUGAGAGAGGGAGAAAUAGGUAUCGUACCUCUAGCUAACCACUUCAGACUUACCAACAUGGAAUCUAAAAGGUGUGCAUCACCCUGUAAUGGUAAUCGUUGUGUGAAAGCAGGUAUCCUCUGUGAUUAUUGAACAUACAUAACCAAUGUUUUGUUCCCAUGAUGUCAGGAAUGUGUUUGUACUCAGUCACAGACUAUAUUACUGUAACUAAAGUAGUAAAUACACAGCCAGUACAGCCCUCUAAUGCGCUCAUAUGCUAUACGUAUAUAAACAUUUUCAAGCACCUGGUUAUUAUUAUUAUUAUUCUCCCCUUACCUAGGUUGUCAAGGGUGCCGUAUUAAUAGAAUAUCAAACUAUGCUAAUGCAAAGAAAAUCACUAAAACAACAACAACAAUUAUCUUGCAGAGGAGAUUAUUUGAUAUUGUAAGACAGCAGAAUAUUUUCUCCUAAAUUACGGUAUAUUCAUGUUUACAACCAUCCUGGAUCCAUCAAAUGGAUCCAUCUUGGAUCCGAUCCAUGACACCGAGUUGACUGGAACCACAUACUCAGUGGACAAAAUACACAUUACCUGGGCUAUAUGGACACGCAGCUGUGAGUGGAGACGAAUGGAUUCGCUACUGACAGUCAGUUCAGUCAGCCGUCCUGAUGAGCCCUUCCCAGCUAGCUAGUUUAUGCUGGCAACAACAGCAGCAUGGCACUAGUUGUAACUUGUAAAAGAAAGUGCUUUUUAUUUCCACGGACGAAAUAACUUGUAGUAUUGGUCACCAUCUGGAUGUCACCGUGACAUGCCAAUUAGCUAACGUAACGACAAGUCGGUGUGAAUGACCAGUGCAACGGUGUUGUAUCGAGGUACUUCCCAGUUCCCACUGUUGCUUCCCACCGGGCAGCUGUAACACAUUUUCACUGGCGGUAGCUAUUUGUUCCAUCCCACUUGGUUAUAUUUAGAGUAGGAUAGCAGCCUACACGAGAAAUAACUUGUAAUAUUGGUAGUAUAGUAAGCAUCUGAAUGUCACCGUGAUACAGUCUUCUGCUCAAUGGGGAGAGUUUGCACUGCAAACCGGCAACACGACAACACGGGGCACAGUGUGUCCUUCACCCCACUUGCUGAGCACUGCUGUCCUGCUGUAAGGAGAGGAAAGUAGCUAGAUAGUUUAGCCUGGGGUGACAGCGAAAGCACAGUUAUUGUAAUGAUUUUCACCGAAAGUAAAUGUUUUUGUUGAAAAAAAGAACAAUUAUUUCCGUUAAAAACAGAAUGAUUCUGAACACUCCCAAGUCCCAACUUCGGCAGACAAGUUAAAAAUUCUGGCUGAAGUUUCUAGCCACAUUCAUAAACUAGCUAGCUGGGGAAGGCUCAUUAGGACGCCUGACUGAAAUGACUGAACCGAAUCUGUUUGUUCCCACUCAACUCUCGCUGCGUGACAGUUUUGGGCACAAGGAAUGUGUGUAUAGUCUCUCCCAAUCUAAAAGCAUAUUUGAGGUUUGUGGAUUUUCUUUUUGUGUUAACUUUUUUAAUUGUCAAGAAAUGCACUUGCCUAUUAAACUGUUUCUUCAGUGUGAGACGAUAACUGCUCCAAUAUUCUCGAUAAUAUAAUAUUGUGCAUGCUGGUGAUGUAUUUAUAUACAGUAGCUUGACUUUAUUAUUAUUAACUUAUGCUGUAGAUGUUACGUAUUCAUAUGAACAUGAAAUGACUAGACUUCAAUCUGAUUUAUUUUCUAUUUAUACUUUAUAUUGGAUUGUUGACAUUUUAUUUGAAUCUGUGUUUCCUUUACUCCAUUUGCUGAAAGUACGCUAUGCCAAAACAAUGAUUGUUAACAAUAAAUUGAUCUGUAAUGGA